GAUACACACUGUGCCCUCCUCACCCGUCCAUGAAAUAACUUUACGGUUUUCCCACUCCGUCCGAAGUAUCUCCUAUUGCUUGCACCCGUCACCCACUGCGCCACAACAAUAUACUACGCGGGACGUUUUUUAGUCAUUCAGUGUACUCUUGAAGUCUCGACUCGACAGUCGAUUGCCCCGUAGCAUUCGUCUUCCGCGUCGACACUACACCGGUGUGCAAUCGUAUCGUGGUGUUCGUCCGUCCGAUUCCCCGGAGCUUUUGGAUUUUCCCGCCUAAUACGACGUUUUUUUAUUAACCGUACCGUUUAUACUAACCAAUCGAAAAACGGACACGAAUUUUGACGGUUCAUUUUUAAAAUAUUAUGCUUCAACCCGCACAAAUGGUACCUUCGUCCGAUAUCUACAACGAUUCGAGCGCGUCCGUUUGCCGCGAUUGCCUGGACCCUGUUGGCGCGUGUUCUUGUAGCUGGCAAAUCAUGCAGUUGGACGCCAGCUACAGCAUUUACACCACGUUAAACGAUGACAUAUCCAAACGGCCGUCCUCUACCACGCCGUCGUUCCUUAGCGACAUGCACAAGUUGGAUGGUCUCAAUUGUGGUGGUAUACCUACACGUACAACUCCAACUUUAACACCAACUACACUUCGUACCAUAGCUGCUGACAUAGCUGGUUUGUCACCUGGCCCAUCUGAAAAUUUUGCAGCUGCGGCUUCCGACUUACAUCACCUUGUGUCGUCUUCGUGUUCUUCUAUAAACACAUCAACAUUAGAGCCUACUGAUCGCACUGAUUUACAAGAAUGUGUUAGUAUUCAAAAUCUAAGCAAUCAAACAAUAAGUCUUCAAAGCUUAAAUAAUCAACAAAUUAGUCUCAAUAAUUUACAAAACCAGCAAAAUGUAAAUCAAAACACUUUAAACCAACAACAGCGUAAUGAUUAUAAUAAUUCUUUUUCUGCGGCUGCAUCAAGGCAGGCUGGUUUUGUGCCUCCACUAGUAUUGCAAAUCAAUUCUAGCAACCCUAGUGUUCAACAAUCAUCAGGUACAACAAUCUUAUUAAACAACAAUAACAGUUCUGGUUCAAGCUCUAUAUUUAAUGCAAAAGGUUCAUCUACUUCAACAUCAUCUUCACACUGGCAAGGAGCGGUAGUUACCCAAAGACCUCAAAAUGGAGCACAAAAUGUAACGAGACGACAGUUCACCGAUGAAGAUGAUGAAGAUAAUGAUGAUUAUGAUUCUAUAGCUGAUGAUGGAACAGACAGUAGCGAUACAACAUCUAGUAAAACAACUCUCAAACGAAAUACUAAAAAUAACAAAUCAAGUUCAAAAAACAGUAUUAAAAACGAAUUCAAGAAUAGUACUGGCGGUGGUCGUCGAACUAAUAAUAAAGACAACAAAAUGAUGUCAGCUGAAGAAGAACAACGUCGACAGGUCCGGAGAGAACGUAAUAAGCUGGCGGCAGCUCGUUGUCGUAAACGCAGAAUGGACCAUACAAAUGAACUUUUAGAGGAAACUGGGCAGUUAGAAGAAAAGAGGUUGAGGUUACAAGUGGAAAUCCAAGGCCUUCGUCAACAGAAAUCUGACCUACAACAGAUGUUAGCUCAGCAUAAGUGUGCUGUAAACAUGAACAAUGUGCAGUUAUCAAAUUCCAUUACUACCGUAAAUCAUGCCUCUACAAUAUUAGAUUCAAAUGAAAUUUCUGAAACAAAACCUACUGUAUUAAGUAAUCACCUAUCAUCAAUUAAGGGAAAUCCUUUACAACAAAACAUUAGUACAAACAUAGUGAUCAAUGAUAAUGAUAGUAAUAAUGUUGAUGAUAUUAUAAUAAAGCGUGAAGAUAAUUCUAUAAUACAAACUGAUAUUGAUAAUAAGGAUUCCAUAAAUAUUAUUCCUACUUCUGUUAUGCAGCAGUCUCAAAGAAGACGACCUACUACACUAUUGCAACUCAAUAAUGGUAAUUUUGGAAAUACUAAAAAAAUAUCUGGAAAUGGUUCUACGGGUGUAGUAGUAUUGAAUUUUGAUUCGCUCAUGGACGGUGGAACAGGAUUAACACCCGUAUCAUCUAGUGGUGGAAGUGUACAAAAUCAUCAACAAGUUCAACAUAGUAGCACAGGGAAUAGUGGCGUGAAUACUGAAAAUAAUAGUGUUUUAUCAUAAACAGUCACCAUUAAUAAAUUGAAUUAGUCAACUAGAAUUAGUCAGUCAAUAAAGUAUCAGUCCGGAGUUGGGCUAAACAUAAUUUUUUUAAAUUAUCUUUAAAAAAAUAAAAUGUUUAAUUAUGGUAGGGUUUAAGGGUGUUUUUUU